CUGGAGUUGCCGUGGCCAAUGAGAGGAAAGACUGGGUUCCCCCUAGUUUAUUAACCCCUCCAUCUUCCCCACCACCAAGAAUAUGGAGGGAGGUGGAGGAAUAUAAUAAGUGAACCAAGACCUGGAAGACAAAAGUUCAAAUGCCUACAGCGCCAUGAAGCUCACAUUGGGCCAGGCACCGUCUUCCAACCUAACCUACCUCACAGGGUCGUUGUGAAGUUGAAAUGAGGAACCAUGACUGCCAUUUUUCUUUUUUCCUCCUCAGAGGAUUAGUGGGGUAGGAUAUAAACGUGAUUGUGAAGAAAAGAUCUGGCCUGUCCACACCCAAUUCUGAGUUGGCGUCAUCUUAGAGACUAUGGACAUACUUUUUAGAAUAAGAGGAGGUCUUGAUCUGGCAUUUCAACUUGCUACUACUGAUGAUUUGUCAACAAAAGAGGGACUGAAGUAUGUUUUCAGUGAUCUUUCAGCCAAACUGGCUUCAGAUGUGCUGGUAUUCAGAAUCUGUCACAGCUCGGUGUAUCUGUGGCCAAAUAGUGGGAAAAAUUCAGUUGCAACAGAGCUUACAGAUGAUUCUGCAUGUAAGGAGAUACUACGAUUUAUUCAAUUUGAGCAGGAAGAUGAUAACAAACGCAGGUUUUCAAAAAAGAAAGAUAAAAAGUUACAAGAACUGCAGCCUAUAGUAAAUAUAGAUCUUAUGCUGGAAAUGACAACUUCGUUAGAUCCUCUUUCUCCAAUUAUUGAAAAGGAGAGCAGGGGGCAUCACUACAUAAGCAUGACCUUGCCAGUUGAUGCUGUUGUCUCCGUGUCUCCAGAAGAAGUGUGGCGGAAUGUACGAAGUCUCCUGGUGAAUGCGAUUCAUACACAGCUAACUGAUAUGGAAAAGUGCAUUUUGAAAUAUAUGAGAGGAACAACUGUUGUGGUACCUGAACAAUUUCAUUUCAUGCUACCAGGAAAAAAACACCUUGUAACAGUCUCAUAUCCUACAGGCGUUUCUGAUCAGCAAUUGGAGACUUACAGACAGGAAUUACAUAGACGGUUUAAUCUGCCGUUUGACAGACCUUAUUUCCGAAGGGCUAAUGCCUAUCAUUUUCCAGAUGAACCAUUCAAAGAUGGAUAUCUCAGGAACCCACAUGUACAUCUCAACCCACCUGGUAUAGAGUCUGGGAUGGUGUAUGUGGUAUAUGGCACAUAUAGUUACCAUCAUUACAUGCAGGAUCGUAUUGAUGAUAAUGGCUGGGGCUGUGCCUAUCGGUCUCUACAGACUAUAUGCUCAUGGUUCAGGCAUCAGGGAUACACGGACCGAUCAAUACCAACACACAUGGAAAUCCAACAGGCUCUAGUUGAUGUUGGAGACAAGCAACCAGGAUUUGUUGGAUCACGUCAGUGGAUUGGUUCUAUCGAAGUGCAGCUUGUACUGAACCAACUCCUAGGGAUAACUUCAAAAAUACUCUUCGUCAGCCAAGGGUCUGAGCUGGCUUCUCAGGGAAGAGAACUUGCUAAUCAUUUCAAGAUUGAGGGAACACCAGUGAUGAUUGGUGGUGGAGUCUUGGCUCACACAAUAUUAGGAGUAGCAUGGAAUGAGAUCACAGGGCACAUAAGAUUUCUGAUCCUGGACCCACAUUAUACCGGAGCAGAGGAUCUGCAUAUUAUAUUAGAAAAGGGCUGGUGUGGAUGGAAGGGUCCAGAUUUCUGGAACAAAGAUGCUUAUUAUAACCUGUGUCUUCCUCAACGACCAAAAACUAUUUAAAUGGCUAUUUAGAUGAUCAUGGUGAACUACCGGAAGUUCUGUAAAUACAUAUAGGUACACAAACACACUUAAGCAGUGAUUAUUUAUUUUACCUUAACAUAGUAUUAUGUUGCUCACCACCUGUUAAAAUAAAUAUGCUAAUCCAAUAUAUUAGAGUCCAAAUAAUGGGGGGGGGGUUUCAAAUAAAACCUGAUUAUUAAACAUU